CUACUGCGAAGUACGGGAAGCGGCAAAAGAUACUUUUUCUCACAAAGACAACACCCCAGAACUAGUGGCAAUUGAGAGCGUCUUACAUGAUCUUCGACAAGGUGACUUAUACUGUAAGCGAGAAGGAUAUUUAGCACAAAAUCAACGCCGAGCGUGCGUGAAGCCUUCUGCGAGGUACGAAGGGAAGAAAGCGGACGUCAACGAUGCUUUGGGGAUAGAAAAAUCGAUUGCUUAG